UGAGAAUACUAAGCCAACUGAAGCAAACUAAAAUCACACAUUUUCCGCAUUCAUCUGAGUAACCCCUAAACACUUUUUUGUUGUUCACAUUUCCUAGCUACAGUUGUAAACAUGGCUUUGUAAAUUUAACUUUAUGUAAGCAAAAAAUAUUGAAAGAAAUGUCAAAUGCUGUCUCAUUUGUAAGUCGCUUUGGAUAAAAGCAUCUGUUAAAUAACUGUAUAUGUAGGUAGGAUAUACCUUACAGAAAGUACACUAGAACUGGAGAUGUGAACUGUGAGAUCUGCCAGAGCACAAUCAGCAUGGAGACUCAUGAAAGCAGCAGAUAUGUGGAGCUGCUGUUGAAGGAAGAGCUUGUGGCCGUGGCUGAAGGUUUGGAGCAGGGAAUUUACUGUUGGGAAGAAAUGGAUCUGCCUGAUUCAAACGGCUGUACUCCUCUUAUUAUCGCCUGCAGAAUGGGCCUUACUACGGUGAUGCAUUUUCUUCUGGAAAGUGGAGCAGAUGCUACACUCUGUAACCAUAGCAACCAGACAGCUCUUCAUGUUAGUCAGCCAAAGCUUCAGGAUGAGCUGUUAUUGGCUUUGAACAGAGAUUUACCCCAACAGAUGCAGCUCUCAGAUGCAGCCUGGAGGGGAGACCUCAGCAGUCUACAGGACCUGAUGGCCCAAACAGACAUGGUGGACUUGAAUAAACAGAACAGGGAUGGACUGACCCCUCUGAUGCUGGCUGUAAGAGAUGUGGAUUUGUUUGAAAGACUGCGGUUGCCAUGGAAAUAUCAGCCUGUGGAGGUGGUGAAGGAACUGUUGUCUCUUUCAGUUGACACAAAGAUCCUAGACAAAAGAAGUCACACUGCACUGUGGUAUGUCUCUCAGAUCACAAGCUCCAAAAAGGAGGAACUUCUCAGAAUAUUGAAUUCUGCAAUGCAAGAUGAAACAACGUUCACGUGUCUGGAGUGUUGUUGGCCAGGGAGUCCAGCCGUAUCCCCCAGCUCCUCUCCUACACGUGACUCUUGCACACCUGGGAUAAAGGGAGAAUCAACUAAGGCUGUCAUUGCCCAAAAUAACCUGACAGACAUCUACCAAGAUAACAGGAUUGGCAUUGAUGGUUUCAUGGAGCCAAAGAUAAACAUGGGAAAAGACAGUAAAGAUGAGGGGAAACGAAGCAGUCUGACAUCAUCCUUGCCCAGCCUAUGGUACAGCAGAAAAACCUGGGACAAAACAAGGCCCUUGCAUCCAUCCCUCAAAGAAACUUUCUCAAUACCUGUUUGUCCUGCUCCUCAAUUUACUCAGCUUAGUAAGUCGACACCAGCGCUGAUGGAACCUCUUCUUCAUGCCAGUAUGUUGUUGCAAGCACGGGCUAACAUAUAUAACAGGCUUAGAGGUGGUGAUACCGAAGAUGAUGUUAUUACACAAAAGAUUUCACUACCAACCUCAUUAAGGACACCUAAACAUCUAGCUCCUCUGGACAGAAGAUACAGGAAUGUCACUUGUCUUGCCAGUCUUGAGCACCCUCUGCCCUCAAAACCAACAAGCACAUUGCCUUUCUCAUCUGAGUCCAGACAUAAAGUGGAAAGGAUUUCCAUGCAGUCUUUCAGAAGAUCCAGAAGCACAAGAGCAGGCAGUGAGGAGAGUAAUUCCUACAGCAGUAGUAGCCAAGAAGAGGAAGAGAAUGUUCCUCAAGAGACAGACACAAUAUUUGAUGUCUUAGAGAAGUCAUUGAAUUUGGAACUAGGAUCCAAUUUGGAUUUUCAGCAAUUAAUUAGUUCUGUAAUUAUUAAUAACACAGAAAACACAAACAUUACAAUUUCAGAUGAUAGGAAAGAAGAUACGCCUAUCAGAUCGCCCAUUGUUAGGGAUUCCAAGAAUGAAAUGAUACUUGACUUAAACUCUGAUGGGUCCAGUUUUAUUGCAGAUGAGAAUUACCUCACUACUGUGAAUAUCAGUGUAGAUCAAAUUCUUCAUAAAAAGAGCAAACCAAUUAAGAUGAUCAAAAGAAAUGACAGAAAAGGCAAAACGUCUUUUCACACAAAUCAAUCAUUCAAUAUUCUGGCACGCAGAAAUCAGACUACUACUUCAAUCACCAAGAAUGGAAAGAAAUCACCAAUUCACUCAAAGGUAAAACUCAGAGAAAGUAAGUCCACAAGCCUGGGCAUUGUAGCAGAGACACCUUAUCAAACACAUUUGCCAACAGUGACACCUACAAUAUCGUGCAAAAAAACUACAGAUGACAUCUUAAUCACAAAGAGGGUAUCUGAACCCUAUCAACACACGAGGUUGAGUGUCAAUGACAAGAAAGUGAGUAAUAAUAUUCCAAACCAAUUUCCCAGAGAUCUGAGAAGCGCAGGACUACCCAAAAAGCCAGCUUUAGGAGUGCCACUGCGAGCAAAAUCUGCUGUGGAGCAUGUCACUUACAAUGACAUGUUUCUAAAGAUCAGUCAAGGAGAUGAAGGUCCAGAAAUUUAUGAAAUGUUCGCAACUCCAAUGUAUGAAAAUCUUAGAGCAGACAAUUCUUCUGAGCAAACCAAACCAGUCAAUACAUCACUUCAAGUUGAAAGACAAAUCAAUAGAAAAAGAGAUCAAAAAACAAUGGAAGUUAACAGAAGGAAACAAGCUCAAUCAGAAAGAUACAUCAGAACUAAAUGUAAGCAAAACAAGCGAAGAGACAAUGUUCCAAAACUGUCAAAGAAACAUAUUCCUUCUUCCGGAAAUAAAUGUCACAUUGUAACUUCUGAUUGCGAGGAAGAGGAAAAGCAGAAUAGCAAAAUGCCCUUUACUGGGGAUGAUGGGAAGGAAAUUUCUAGCUCAGUUAUUAAAAGACAAAACGGUUCCAUGCUGUCCAUCAUUGAAGAAGUACUUUCAAACACUGUGUCUAAAACAGAUAUUCUUCAACAACAUACCUCAGCCUCAACAUCUGAAUCGCAUCUCAUUAAACAUACAAAUCAUCAAGAGGCCCAGACUCCAGCAGAUUCAUGUUCCACAGGUAACCCUGAAUUAUCAAGUGUGACCAAACUCCCAGCACACCCUCUGAUCAAUACAUGGACAAGUGACAGUACGGUAUCACCUGUAUACCAGAGUUUCCUCGAUGAGGUGGGUAAUGAACCUCUUACAGAUGACUUGCUGCGGUCUUUGGCAGAGGGCUUAAUAUCACUGGAGAAAAGAGAUGACGAAACACCCGAGACUGAAUUUGAUGACGGCAAGGAGUUUAGUAAUAACUUACCAUCAAAAUUUAAGAAACUGUUAAAUGAGGGCAUUUCCUCCAGCGAAGUGCAUUAUACCAAGAGAUCAUGUUUGGAUGAUGCUGCUAUCACAUGGACAAAAGGAGAAGUUCUGGGAAAAGGAGCCUAUGGAACAGUGUAUUGUGGGUUAACCAGUCAAGGUCAGCUGAUUGCAGUCAAGCAGGUAGUACUGGACGCUUCAACUUCAGAAAUUGCAGAGAAAGAGUAUGAUCGUCUGGAGAGAGAGGUGGACCUUCUUAAGAACCUUCGGCACAGUAACAUCGUUGGUUUCCUGGGCACAGGUCUGUGUGAGAACAUUGUAAGCAUCUUCAUGGAGUAUGUUCCAGGCGGUUCCAUCUCUAGUAUACUGAGCCAGUUUGGGCCGUUGCCAGAAAAAGUAUUUGCAUUAUACACCCGACAGAUUCUAGAGGGGGUGGCCUAUCUUCACGCUAAUAGAGUCAUCCACAGGGAUCUGAAAGGGAACAACAUCAUGCUUAUGCCCACUGGAGUAGUCAAGCUAAUUGACUUUGGAUGCGCUCGCCGGAUCACCUGCUUAACUUUGAGUAAGAGUGACCUUUUGAAGUCUGUGCAUGGCACCCCAUACUGGAUGGCACCGGAGGUGAUCAAUGAGACAGGCCAUGGACGAAAAUCAGACAUUUGGAGCAUUGGCUGUACAGUGUUUGAAAUGGCCACAGGAAAGCCACCCCUUGCACACAUGGCCAAGAUGGCAGCACUUUUCUACAUUGGGGCUCGAAAAGGCUUGAUGCCUUGUCUGUCUGAUGACUUCUCUACAAACGCAAAGGGCUUUGUCCAGGCUUGCUUAACCAGAGAUCCAAGUCAACGGCCAUCUGCUGAGGAAUUGUUAAGGCAUCAAUUUGUCUCGCAUCACAGCCAAAUCUGCAAAAAGCCACUUAACUAGAAACAUCUCCAUUCAUUAAAGCAAAGGGUUACCUAGAAAAGUGACAA